GGGUUCACGCGUCUGAGCUCUCUCUCCCUUCUUCCCCGCUCCUCGUCGACCUUCUCUGUCUGGCGUCUGUCUGUUGGAAGUGCGAGUGGAACGUCGACGGGGUGCUCGCGAGCGAGCGGAUACCGAGUGCACCCUCGGACGACUGUGAGGGGAGGGAGGGGAGGGAGGGAGGGGGGGGGAGGGGGGAAUUGGGCGAGCUCGGCAGAGUGUGGACGGAUGGAUGCCGCUGACGGGGUCAGUGUUGCCGACGCUCCAGCACACCUUCGUGCGCGAUAAGUAUGGCCAGCUCUUGUCCAGGAAGCGUGGAAGGGGAUGCAGCAGAAGCAGCAGCAGCUGCCUCGAUGCCACCCAUCUAUCUCGGUCAAUGUACUUGGCUGACCUCGUCCGCGCUGUAACGGACUCGCGUCGAGCGCACCAGGAGGAGAUUCGUCUCUUGGCUGAGUCGCGACCCAGACGGACUGUCCUUCCGAAUGCGCAUUCUCGUACGAAUAGCGGAGCGAGCUGAUUUGCCACUCGUGUGAAGCCGCGCAUAAUAGCGAUGGGAUCAAGCCUUUGGCAAGGAGAUCCUGGAUUCACGGGUCACUGGGUCGUGGAUGACAGGCUCGUGCCAUCGCCGUGCAGUCGUUGAAGUGAAGCUCUGAGUCGGAUGGCAUUCUUUCGCUGAGUGUCACCAUCUGUCGAUCAUGGAGUUGAAGGUUUCGGAAGAAUCAGGCGGAUCGAGGAUUGUUGCGAGGCUUUGAUAGGCUUUGAUAGGAAAGGCUGAGGAGCUCAGCUGUGGUCAAUCUCAUGCGACAAGGAGAGUGGAGCAAGUAUCAACAUGUUGUGCCCAAGAUAGUCAGCCUCGUGAGGAUGUCGUAGAUAUGGCGGAGGUGGGGCUCUCUUGACCUUUCGCAUCUUAGCAAUCAGGAUGGGGAGCCAGGUUAGCACGAUGAAGGCCGUGCUGGUCCCAGACAGCAGCAGGAGGAAGAGUAGCAAGCCCGAGAAGGGAAAAAUAGGUAUCCUCUCUUUUGAGGUAGCAAAUGUUAUGUCAAAAAUAAUGCUCCUGUGGCAGUCUUUAAGCGACCAUGAGAUUAUGCGGCUUCGCACAGAUGUUGUAAAAGCGGAAGGAGUCCUGAACUUGGUAUCUGAGAACGAAGCCGUCCUCCUCAGUCUUGCCUGCAUGGAAAAGCUCCAGGAUCUUACCUCUAUAGCCGGGGCGGUAGCCCGUGUGGGGAAGAGAUGUCAGGAACCGAUACUCAAUGGUUUUGAGCAUGUGUACAACGAUAUUCUGAAGCAGAAUAUAGAUGUUGGGUCCUGGGAAUACCCUCUAAAAGAUAUGGAAGGAAAGAUCAAGAAGAUGGAACAAUAUAUUGCAUCGACUUCGAAUCUGUAUCAGGAGCUAGAGAUACUCGGCGAUUUGGAGCAGGCUAUCCGCCGAAUGCAGGAUGAUGGGUCAGGUACACCACGAGACAGAGAGACCUUGGUCGCAUUGGAACAGAAGGCAGCAUGGCAUCGUCAGGAGAUCAAAUACCUGAGAGAUCUCUCUCUGUGGAAUCGGGCUUAUGACAAGAUCGUCAUCCUUCUAGCUCGAACUGUGUGUACCAUUCACGGAAGAAUUUUGAACGUUUUCGGAUCCCCUCUGCUCAAGCUGCCUCAGCUGUGUCCUGUGGAAAGACUAAAAGAUGGUUAUCCAUCUCCUUUAACUCUUCCUGGACCUUACAGUAAGUUUCCGAAUCGAAGAGGCUUGGAUAUACCGGCUAGCCAUGCUGCUGCAGCUACCAACGCGAGCCUGCUUCCCUCUGCAGGCUCCCACGACCGAACUCACGGAAUCGGGAUGAGUGCUACGGUUCCAGCUCUACCUAGCAGUACCUCUACCUCCAGAGUGUCCCCUGUGGUCUCGGACAUUCGACCAUCACCUGCGCAAGCUCUGGCUUCGGGCCCAAUGAUCACGAAUAGUAAGCAAUCUUAUGCUUGUUAUUUUCCUCUGUAUGGAGAGUGCUUACAGGCUCCCAAUAAGGGAUCUGUGGAUUUCUCCCAGCCAUUUGAUGUCGACAACACGCCCAGUAUUUUGAAUGAUAAGGUAGAGGGCCCGUGGACACGUAAUGCUCAGGGUGGGAUUCCGAACGGUGGCCCUGGCAACUCCCACUCAUAUGUGAGUGCUGCGCAAAUGAUUGAGAUGAAAAGCCCUCGUACGAGUGCAGUGGAUCUACAACCGCGGAAGACAGCAGCAAUCGAUCGUCCGCGAAGAAGCACAGUGGACCAACUUCAGUCCGAUGUAUUUGGUCAAACGGGCCAAACAAGGAAAGUUUAUUUUGACCCCAAAAACAGGCAUCUCAAUGCACCGACGUCUACACUUGGUGGUGCGGCCUUGGCUAUACAUUACGCUAAUGUGAUCAUCAUCGUUGAGAAGAUGGUUAAAUUUCCACGUCUCAUAUCUCAUGAUUCGAGGGAUGAUUUGUAUCACAUGUUACCGAAUUCCGUGCGGAUGGCCUUGAGGUCUAGGUUGAAGGCAUCAAAUAGGGGAAGUGUUUAUGGUUUCGAUGCAGGGAUCGCCGGAGACUGGAAGGAGGCGUUGGAAAGAAUCCUGGCCUGGUUGACACCUCUGGCUCACAACAUGAUUCGAUGGCAGUCCGAGCACAACUUUGAGCAGCAGCAAUGCGCUGCUCGCUCCAACAUACUCCUGCUCCAAACUCUCUUCUUUGCUGACUUAGCUAAAACAGAGGCAGCCAUCACCGAGCUCCUUGUGGGACUGAAUUACAUAUGCGGUCACGAGAAGGAGAGGUCCAGUUUGAGCGGGGAGUACGAUAGUCAAAAAGAGGUUGAUGAUUAUCUUGAGCUAUUCUAGUUGGAUGUAUAUUUGUAAAGUUUAUUGGGAGCUGGAGUCAAAAAAGCUGCCUGAGAAGCUCCUCGUAAACUUGAUAUCAGCUAGUUAAUGCACAUUGUACAUUCUUUUCUGCGGGGAAAAGUUAGGAUGCGCUUGCUGAAUAUGCAAGCGAACAAAACAUGCAAACAAAAGUGACUGGUUAGGAAUGUUCUCUGGAGCAGCUGCGAGGAAUGCAUGGCUGAUGAGAAGUGAUGUGUUUACCUAGAUACAAUUGAUUCUUGCUCAGUGCUUUGCUUUGAGCACAUUUUUUCGUAACCUUCUGAGAGACGUAGGUCUCAGUCAGCUUCAGAUUCCUAUUAUCCUAAGAUAGAGGAUGAUAGCACCCUUCGAUCCACACUAGUUAGGAGUUCGAAGCAUUCUGAAAGCGCGUUUCACGCAAUUUUGGAGAAAAAGUUCGAGUUGUUGGUGAAUGUUAGGUCAGCUUUCGUCUACUUUACACUUAAAAUCUCGUCGUCUCCUAUGCCAGCUUCCUCCUAAGUUUAACAUCUGUAUAAUACAUUCUAUGUCAAAUAUCCGAACCCGUGUGUGAUGUUCUACU